CAACGUUCAAGUUCUUCUAGCAGCGACUCUAGCUGCCGGAAAAUGCUAAAAUCCCAGAAAUCACCGCGCGCCUCAGCACUUCCGGCCCGCUCUCAUUAUUCACUUCCUUUCAAUCUGUUCCGUUUAGCAGAAAGCCGUGAAGGUAACGAUGGCCGAGUUGGACAUCGGAAAGCAUUGCCAGGUGGAGCACUGCCGGCAGAAAGGAGAUUCUUCAGAGAAUCACAGGAUGUUAAAAAUGGAAGGGACCUUAGAGAUCAUCUGGCCCAACCCCCUCAUUUUCCAGAUUUUCUUCCAUUUGUGUGUGAUGGCUGUUCAGGAAUAUUCUGUCUUGAGCACAGAAGCAGGGAUUCUCAUGGCUGUUCUGAGGUGAACAUAAAAAGUGAGAGAUUGAAGACUGAUGACCACUCGUCUUACCCAUGUUCAUACAAGGAUUGCAAUGGAAGAGAGCUUGUGCCAGUGUUAUGUCCCUUCUGUGAGAAGAAUUUUUGCCUGAGACACCGGCACCAGUCAGACCAUGAAUGUGAAAAACUAGAAGUUCCUCAGGCUCGGAUGGCUACCACACAGCAGCUUGUUAAAGAUAUCAUAGAUUCUAAGAAAGGAGCAACAAUAAGCAAAGGACGCAGAGGUGCAAAGAACAGUGGAACUGCAGCAAAAGUUGCACUGAUGAAGUUAAAAAUGCAUGCUGAUGGAGAUAAAUCUUUGCCACAGGAAGAAAGAAUUUACUUUCAGGUAUUCUUACCUAAGGGAAGCAAGGAGAAAAGCAAACCCAUGUUCUUUUGUGGUAAAUGGAGUAUUGGUAAGGUGGUGGAUUUUGCAGCUUCAUUAGCCAACCUUAAAAACGAGAACAACAAAGCCACAGCCAAGAAAUUAAGGUUAUGUAACAUUGCAACAGGAGAAGCCUUACCUUCGGAUCAAUCUUUGGACACAUGGAUUACUAAGGAAGAUUGCCCUUUAUAUAAUGGUGGAAAUAUUGUCUUAGAAUAUCUUAAUAACGAAGAACAUUUUUUGGAAAAUGCUGAUUCUUACUCAAAUUAGCCAUUCAAAGACAACCUGCAAUCAAUAGGAAAACAAUACAUUUCACAAUUAGUUUAUUAAAUAUUAACACUAUGUGCUCUUCAGAGAAAGGUCCUUUUAAGCUUAGUUCCACUAAGACAAUGAUACAUUGUUUUAUGAGUUUUUCUAUAAAAUAUUUUUGUAAUUAUGCUGAAAGUGAUCAUAAAAGUAAGUUUGGAGCUGAAAACAAGUAUCAAAUUCAAAUUUUAUGUAUCAUGGUAUAUAUGUACACACAGAAAGCACAUAGGUCAUUCUUUGAUAGAUAGUAAUUCUUUAUCUAAAACUUUAUCACCAGAAGGAAUAAAAGAGGAGGUAUAGAAAUAACAAUAAUGAUGAUAAUAAUAACUUUUGGGGGGGGGGGUCAGGCAAUGAGGGUCAAGUGACUUGCCCAGGGUCACUUUUCAAGUGUCUGAGGCAAGAAUUUGAACUUAGGUCCUCCUGAAUCCAGGGCUGGUGCUUUAUCCACUGUGCCACCUAGCUGCCCAAUAAUAACUUUUAAAGUUUGCAAAGUGCUUUAUAAUGUAAUAUCUCAUUUGAGCCUUAUAAUAGCCCUGUUGGGUUGGGCUGGGGGUGGUAAAAAUGCCAAAUAUUAGGUGUGGGAAAUACCUUCCUGUACAAAAUCAUCACUAAAUAUUAAAGUUCAGUGUGCCAGAAACUGUGAAUGAAAAUAGUCUUGAGAGAGGGAAGAGGGUUGUGGUUUAAGGUUAAAGGAUGGGAAGGGGGGAGGUGGGAAUUCCAAUUUAAUGUUGCAGGAGGAGGGCAGGACAGAAGGGAAAGGUAGAGAGGAAGAGAAUCCUCCAAUAUUGAGACCUCUGCUAAGACAGGUUGCGUUUCAAAAGAAAUUUGUGGCAAAAGCUUAAUAGUUUUUGUUAAUUUCAAUGUGAAAAGAUUGAUUUUUAAAAAUCUGUUUUUACAUACAUGUUCCUAGAAGUGCCUAUCUGUUGCAAAAAGCUAGGCAUAUAGUUAAAAGAAUACUGGUAUGAAAGUGUGUCAAACUUCAGUACUCAGGUACAUGCAAUCUCUGUAGCUUCGGACAAAUUAUUCAGUCAUCCUGAGACUCAUUUUUCUCAUCUAUAAAAUGGGGUUGCCAUCUGCCCUGUGCCAUUUUAAGGAUUCAAUGAAAUAGUGGAGAAAAGGUUUAUUUUUUGUUUUGUUUUUUACCACAGUGUUGUGUAAAAUGAGGCCUCAUGAUUUAGGGGGAAGGUGAACCAAUCUUGGAGUCAGGUGCCCACUACCAAGCCAUAUGGUCUUAGAGGAUUGUUUGCUCGUUCUAAGUCUUUGCUUAUUUUUGAAUGAGGAGGUUGAACCAGGUAAUCCCUUAGCCCUGCUUCCAGCUCCAGCACUUUAAAGGCAACAUUAGCACUAUUUAUGGAAGCUUUAGUAAAAUAGCCCAGAUAGAUAUGAGGUCAUCUUAGGGAAAAGGAAGAUUAAUCAUUGUAUUUUCCCAAACUCUGCCACCAAGUCAUCCUGAAGGAUUUAAUGAGAUGUAUUUUCAGGGACAAUAUUCAAGGAAACAUUGAAUUUCAAAGGGAUCGGUUUAUCUCAUCCAAUUCAUACUUGAAUAAGAAUCAUUUCUGCAAUAUCAGUUCAGUCCUUAUUUUGUGGCAAGAACAGUGCUUAGUGCUGAAGCAACAAAAAACAUUCCUCGAGGAUCUUGAAAGGCAGGUUUUUUUGAAAAUCAAACAUAGUAUCAAUGGGUUUUUACAACGUUACUGAUUCAGCUUUGAUGCUCACCUCUUCCUCAGCACCAUCAGUUGCCUCUCCCUUCAGACAAGGGCUGAAGGGCAUAGCAAUGAACUCCUCCAAAGACCUCCCUUUCUAAGGGACUCAGACUUUUCCAGGUAACAUUUUCCAACAGCUGCUCUCCUUGGUUUCAACUCUAUGAACAUCCUAUCCCAGCACCAGGUACCCUUUCAUGGUUGCCUUCCUCUCCCCUUCUUUUUAGUUUCUUUUGGUAUAUUGUCUUCCCCCAUUAGAUCGUAAGCUCCUCAAGUUCAGGGACUAUCUUUUUCUUAUUUGUAUACCCACCACUUAGCACAGUGCUUGGCACAUGUAGCAGUCAAUCAAUAACUCUAUGUUGAUUAUUGAGUUCCAGGUCACCAGUGGUAUUCAAAUGUAGGUUGAUAUCACCUCACAUCUAUCAGAGUGGCAAAUAUAACAAAAACGGAAAAUAUUGGAUGUUGGAGGGGAUGUGGGAAAGCUGGG